AUGGCGCCUUUGGCCCGUGGAGGCUACGUGUUGUUGCUCAGCAAUAAGCUCCGUCAAUCGAGCCUCCGAGCACUCUCCCUAUCCGCGCGACGAAAUGCAAAGAUCUACGAGAGUGCCGAAGACGCGGUGAAGGACAUUCCCGAUGGGGCGAAACUUCUUGUUGGAGGCUUUGGAAUCUGCGGAAUCCCGGAGAACUUGAUCAUGGCGUUGACGAAAACUGGGCAGAAAGGCUUGACUUGCGUGAGCAACAACGCCGGCGUUGAUAACUGGGGACUCGGCUUAUUGUUGAAGACUCGACAGAUCAAAAAGAUGAUCUCGUCGUACGUUGGUGAGAAUGCUGAGUUUGCGCGACAGUACUUGGCUGGGGAGCUCGAGUUGGAAUUCACGCCACAAGGUACUCUCGCCGAACGGAUAAGAGCAGCCGGCGCUGGAGUGCCCGCUUUUUACACGCCAACCGGCUACGGAACGUUGAUUCAGGAAGGCGGCUCACCGAUCAAGUACUCUGCCACUGAGAAGAUGAAGAUCGAGAUUGCGAGUCCGGCUAAAGAAACGCGUGUCUUUAACGGGACUAGCUACGUGUUGGAGGAGGCAAUUUGGGGUGAUUUUGCGCUCAUCAAAGCUUGGCGCGCCGACAAACUCGGGAACUUACAAUUCAGGCAUUCCGCCGGAAAUUUCAAUAACCCCAUGUGCAAGGCGGCAAAAGUGACAAUCGUCGAAGUCGAAGAGAUCGUCGACGUCGGAGUGAUCAAGCCGAACGAUGUCCACAUCCCGUCGGUCUACUGCCAACGCUUGGUACUCGGCAAGGACUACAAGAAGCCGAUCGAGAGGCCAAUGUUUAGACAGGAGGGACCCGCCAAGGAGCCGAGCACCCCGGCCGCAAAGGUGCGUGACGUGAUCGCGCGACGAGCCGCGCUGGAGUUCAGAGACGGAAUGUAUGUCAAUUUGGGGAUUGGCAUUCCUACCCUCACUCCCAACUACAUCCCCGAGGGUGUCACCGUACACUUGCAAAGCGAGAACGGAAUUAUCGGAGUGGGUCCCUAUCCACGCAAAGGUGAUGAGGACCCGGAUUUGAUCAACGCCGGCAAAGAGCCGAUCACUUUAUUGCCCGGAGCGGCGAUCUUCGGAUCCGAUGAGAGUUUCGCCAUGAUUAGAGGUUCACACAUCGACAUCACCCUGCUCGGCGCUCUUCAAGUCUCGCAGACUGGUGAUCUUGCCAACUGGAUGAUCCCCGGUAAACUCGUGAAGGGAAUGGGCGGAGCGAUGGAUCUCGUCUCGGCACCGGGCGCUCGUGUCAUCGUCACGAUGGAGCACUCGUCGAAGGGACAACCGAAGAUCGUCAAAGCGUGCGAUUUGCCAUUGACUGGAAAGGGAGUCGUCAGUCGGAUCAUCACCGAAUUGUGCGUCUUCGACGUGACACCCGAAGGCUUGUUGCUGGUUGAGUUGCGCGAGGAUUUAACCGUCGAGGACAUCAUCAAAAACACCGAGGCCGAGUUCAAGAUCUCACCCGAGCUCAAACCGAUGGGCCAAGGGGCGCUUCGUCAC